AUGACCCGAUCUCUGUGGUCAUCCACAACCGCCCGCCGGUUAUCCCAGCAACCGUGCCGUCGAUUCCUUUCAACCUCUCGUCCCGCAACACUCUCCGCAUUCUCCGUCGGCGAAAUCACUCCUCGCCGGAAAACAUUUGUCGCCUCUGCGCCGCUAUACAGACCUUCCGUUCCGCGAUCAUUGAUCUCCUGCUCUCGCUUGCAUGCACCCAUUGCCUCUUUUUCGUCUUCGUCCGUUCGAUCCGCCACCAAGAUCACUCAAAACCCGAGAUCCGGGGAAGAUGGAGAGACUCUUAUGAUUAACAUCUCGCCUCGUGCUGCGGAGCGUCUUCGCGAUAUUACCGACCCAUCCUCCUCUCCCUCUGCAACACAAGAAGAGAAUCCUUACCACCACCUCCGUAUCACCGUCACCAGUGGUGGGUGCCAUGGGUUCCAGUACAUGAUGUCGCUAGAGUCAGCGUCCAAAAUCGACCCCGAGGAGGACACUAUCUUCGAAGGUGAAGAGGCCGAGACAGCUUCAGAGGCUACCGGAGGAGCUAAGGUCGUUAUGGACGAGCCAUCGUUGGAGCUUUUGUCUGGUAGUACCGUCGACUACACGACUGAGUUGAUUGGAAGCCAGUUCACGAUAGUGGACAACCCGCGAGCAACUAGUAACUGUGGCUGUGGGACGAGCUUUGAUGUGAUGGAUUAG